AUGGAAGACUUGGAAGAUAUCGACUUUGAUCUGGCAUUUGACGAACUCAUAACCACUGACGCCUUCCUUGAAGAGCCCUUGAUCGCGCCUUCCCUCACUCCCAAGCCAGACGACAUGCUUGUUCCGUCUUACGACUCUGCCCCAGGCUCGCUUGAAAGUGUGAUAGCCAACCGUCUCCAAUAUGCACUCGAUGAGAUUAAAAAGGUUCCGACCACGGCGGUGAUGGAAAACCAGGCUCCAUGGAGUCACCCCUACCUGUAUCGCGCUCACAUGCCCCGAGACAUGCAAGGUGAGUACCUCAUGUCUCGCUCACCCAAGGCCACUGUUCAUGAAAAGAAUCUGACCGUAUUCUCACCAGAUGCUCAAGCCUGCUGUGCUCUCUACAUAGCCAAGAACAAAAUCAACUCAUCCUUCGUCCUACGUACCAUACAAGCCAGAGCCCACGAGUUACUAGCCUCACCGAUACCCAAGAACCGUCUCGAUAUCCUAGCGCGCCUCCACGCCAUCCUCCUCUACCAAAUCAUCCGCCUCUUCGACGGCGACAUCUCCAUGCGGGCCUCAGCGCAACACACCUUAUCCUCUCUAGAACACACUAUCCUUGCCCUACUGCCGUUUGUGAAAUGGGAACCAGAACAGCCUGCAACAGGCCCGGCUCAAGACUACGUUGGGUGUCCGACCAAGGACUUUUGGCAGGAAUGGAUCUUUCAAGAGUCCGCUCGCCGGACCAUAUUCUUCACUUGUUUCUUCCUUGUUGCUUACAGUGUCCUCAUCGGAACGCUGACGAAUGGCUGUGAAGAACGAUACGUGUUUUGCCAGUCGUGGACUAUGUCUGCUCACCUUUGGAAGGCGCCUACCGUAGUGGAUUUUGCUGUUGCUUGGAAGGAGAAACAGCACCUUGUAAUUACGAAGCAAGGCUUUGAAGAAGCGUUGAGGGAUGCUGCUGCUGAUGAUAUUGACGCGUUUGGAAGGAUACUCUUGGUCGGCGCAUUGGGCAUUGAGGAUGCGAGGCUUUGGUUUUACAACAGGGGUGGCUCUUUGUGA